AAAACUCAAGUAUAUCUGUCGGUCAUCACACUUCACAGCACACUUCCUUCUUCACUCAUCUCUUCUCUUCUGCUCCUUUCUCAUGGCUACUCUGCUCUUCUUCUUCCUUUUCUUUUCCAAUUUUACCCUUCUACUAGCUCUUUCCUCCGAUCAGACGCUCAAAACCUUCAUCUUCCGUGUUGACUUUGAAUCCAAGCCCACCAUUUUCCCCACACACUACCACUGGUACACCUCCGAGUUCGCUGACCCAAUCCACAUACUGCAUGUAUACGACACCGUUUUCCAUGGCUUUUCUGCCUCUGUUACACCAGAUCAUGCCUCCUACCUCAGCAAACACCCUUCGGUUCUCUAUGUUUUCGAGGACCGUCGCCGCCAGCUUCACACUACAAGGUCUCCUCAGUUCCUCGGGCUAAGAAAUCAGCACGGGCUUUGGUCCGAAUCUGAUUACGGAUCCGACGUUAUUAUUGGAGUGUUUGAUACCGGAAUCUGGCCGGAGCAUCGUAGCUUUUCGGAUGUCAAUCUUGGCCCGGUGCCGGCCCGGUGGAAAGGCAUUUGCCAGGCUGGAGUGAAAUUCUCCCCCAGAAACUGUAAUAAGAAGUUAAUUGGGGCUCGUUUUUUCAUGAAAGGUCAUGAAGCUGUAGCAUCGGCUGGGCCGAUAAGUGGAAUAAACGAAACUAUUGAGUUUAAAUCUCCGAGAGAUGCGGACGGACAUGGGACACAUACGGCGUCGACUGCGGCGGGAAGGCACUCGUUCGGGGCGAGCAUGUCGGGUUACGCGCCUGGGAUUGCGAAAGGCGUGGCUCCAAAAGCGCGACUUGCUGCUUACAAGGUGUGUUGGAAAAAUUCGGGAUGUUUCGAUUCUGAUAUAUUAGCUGCUUUUGAUGCUGCGGUUAAUGAUGGAGUGGAUGUUAUAUCCAUCUCCAUUGGUGGCGGUGAUGGAAUUUCCUCGCCGUAUUAUCUUGAUCCCAUAGCCAUUGGCUCUUACGGUGCCGUUUCUAGAGGGGUUGUCGUGUCAUCGUCUGCUGGUAAUGAUGGACCCAAUUUGAUGUCUGUGACAAACCUCGCACCAUGGGUUGUUACUGUUGGCGCAGGCACAAUUGAUAGGAAUUUUCCGGCUAAUGUAAUUCUGGGUAAUGGGCGUAGGCUAUCUGGUGUCUCUCUCUACUCUGGUGUUCCACUGAAUGGAAAAAUGUUUCCUCUGGUUUAUCCUGGAAAAUCAGGGGUGCUAUCGACUUCGUUGUGCAUGGAAAAUUCACUAGAUCCGAACAUGGUUAGAGGUAAAAUUGUUAUUUGCGAUCGGGGAAGUAGUCCCAGAGUGGCUAAAGGGUUAGUUGUGAAGAAAGCAGGAGGUCUAGCUAUGAUUCUUGCCAAUGGAAUUUCCAACGGUGAAGGGCUUGUUGGAGAUGCUCAUCUUCUUCCUGCUUGUGCUGUUGGGUCUGACGAGGGUGAUGCCGUUAAGGCCUAUAUUUCUUCCACGCCCAAUCCUACUGCCACUAUUGAUUUUAAAGGCACUGUUAUUGGGAUUAAACCAGCUCCUGUUGUGGCCUCUUUUUCUGGUAGAGGGCCAAAUGGUUUGAAUCCUGAGAUUCUCAAGCCCGACUUGAUUGCUCCGGGUGUUAACAUUCUUGCUGGUUGGACGAAUGCAGUUGGUCCAAGUGGAUUGGAUUCAGAUACAAGAAGAACUGAAUUCAACAUCUUGUCUGGAACUUCAAUGGCUUGCCCACAUGUAAGCGGCGCAGCUGCCUUGCUUAAGUCUGCACACCCAGAUUGGAGUCCUGCAGCAAUUAGGUCUGCAAUGAUGACCACAGCCAACACAUUCAACAAUCUGAACCGCCCCAUGACUGAUGAGGCGACUGGAAAAGCAUCUACACCAUACGAUUUUGGUGCAGGCCAUCUCAAUCUUGAUCGUGCAAUGGAUCCUGGACUUGUGUAUGAUAUUACUAACAAUGAUUAUGUGAACUUCCUGUGUGGAAUUGGAUACAGCGCUCAAGCAAUUCAGGUGAUCACGCGAUCUCCAGUAACUUGUCCAGCAAAGAGGCCUUUGCCUGGGAACCUCAACUACCCAUCAAUUGCAGCAUUGUUUCCAAGCUCAUUUGUAGGAACAAGCAGCAAGGCAUUCAUUAGAACCGUCACGAAUGUGGGUCAACCAAACGCAGUCUACCGGCCAAGAAUUGAAGCUCCAAAAGGGACAUCAGUGGCCGUGAAACCAGCGAGAUUGGUGUUCAAUCAGGGAGUGAAGAAGCAGAGCUAUAUUGUGACAAUAACAGCAGAUACACGAAACCUGGUGCUGGAUGAUUCGGGUGCUGCGUUCGGGUCAAUUUCAUGGUCUGACGGGACGCACGUGGUUAGGAGUCCCAUUAUGGUGACCCAGAUAGAGCCAUUGUGAUCAAAUUGCGGGUUUGAUCGAUGGUGGUUAGGUGGGUAACUAAGCUUUUAUAGUAAUUGAAGCAGUAGUAGCAGCAGAGGAAGAGAGAGUUAAGCAUAAGUGUAGAUUUUGCUACGCGUAGUGUGAAGUCUCUACUCUCUAGUGGUUGUUUUUGUGUGUGUUUUUUCCUUAACUUUUUGUUGCAGUUGAAGGGUAGGAGUAGAAGCAAAGAACAAGUGGUUCUGAGAGCUCUUUUGUUUUUAAAUUAUUGUUUAUUGUCUUAUGCAAUGUUGUAUGUAUAAACUCCAAGUUUAUUAUAUACGCAAAAUAGUAGUAUUUUGAAAAUAA